AUGAAGCGGAUACCCAUAUCACGAUGCGCCUCGCAAUUGCUGGGUGCACCCUCGCCACGCCGGCCCUCGUGCACAUACACAGCGGCAAAGAACGUGCGGAGAAGCAUUAUACCUCAUAGCCACCGGAUACAGGCUCGGCUCCAGAGCACAGUAGCAAUUCCGGACGACGGUGAAUUGGAGCUCGAGAUUGCCGCAAACUCUGCCACACCGUCAACGUCGACACCCAGACCAAGAAGGCGCUUCCCGCUCGAGAGCCUCCCAUCUCCACAUCCCAGUGCCGCCGAACGUUCGACAAAAUUAUACGCCCUCCGCAGUCGAUUAUCUCUCCCACCUCGCUUUCCCCUCCCGGUUCUCGCACGAACCCUCAUCCACCCCUCCGCCGACCCAAACCCCGCCUUCAAUAAUGCCUCGCUAUCAAUACUCGGACGCCAGCUGCUUGGCUACUACACUUCCGAGUGGCUUCUAUGCAACUACCCACGCCUGCCAAUGGACGUCGUCUUCGCCGCAACAGAGGCAUACAUCGGACCGAGAGCGUUGACCACAAUCGCAAGCGAAUGGGGUAUCGAGGCGGCGGCGGAGCCGGGUGGUGAAGUCGACCCUGGCUUAUUACAAUUCAAGAGGAUACAGUCGGGCGAUGCCCUCCCAGCAGAGUUGAGGCGGCAAGCACCCUGGAAGUGGAAUAUCACCACCACACACAAGAUCAUGAAGACAGACGAAUUUGGCUCCGACAAUGCCGCACCCAGCCCGCACGCGCUACAAAGCACGCCAGUACCACUGGAAGAGGCAGCACAGUCCUUCGUCCGAGCACUCAUCGGCGCAUUACACGUACACCUGGGCUCCCCGCUCGUCAAGCGCUUUUUCCGUGACCACUUCCUGAGCCGACAUCUCGACAUCAGCACGAUUUUCGACUUCAGAAUGCCGACACGCGAUCUUUCACGGUUAUGCGCACGAGAGGGCUUCGAGCCACCGGUCGCCCGAUUGAUCUCAGAAACUGGUCGUCUAAGCAGACAUCCUGUGUUCGUGGUUGGGGUAUACAGCGGAAAGGACAAGCUAGGAGAGGGAUCAGGCAGUUCAUUAGAUGAGGCCAAGACAAGAGCAGCGGCAGCAGCAUUGAAGGCAUGGUACCUAUACAAGCCGGUCGAGGUCACCGUCCCAAGCAGCAUGGAGGGCGAAUUGGAUACGAGCAAGUGGCGGCCGAACCACGUCGACCACGGAGAGGUCAUUGUGUAA